AUGGUUGCAACAGAAGAAGGGUGGCAUGUUGCCAGCGAUGGAGUGAAGUUGUACACCAAGACGUGGAAGACUGAUGGACCACCAAAGGCUAUUAUUGCAUUCGUGCAUGGCUUUAGUGAUCAUUGUAACUCCUACUACGAUCUCUUCCCCACAUUGGCUUCUUAUGGGAUUGAAAUCAGGGCAGUGGACCAACGAGGCUGGGGUCGCUCUGUUACUGAUAAGGCAAGCCGUGGCCGGACAGGAGGAACGGAGGUUGUCAUGUCCGAUAUCCACUCUUUCGUCACCAGCAUCUUCGAGUCCAUAAAAUCGACAACCGUGUCGGCUCACGAUGCCUCACAUUCAGGGACCCCUGUGUUUAUGAUGGGACACAGUAAAGGUGGUGCAGAGGUUCUCUACUAUGCGCUUAACUCGUCUCUGGAUCUACCCCCCAUUGCUGGAGUCUUAGCAUAUUCACCUCUUAUUUCGCUUCAUCCCAGCACACGACCGUGGAACCUUACGGUCUUCCUGGGUAGAGUGGCGUCAAAGAUCAUGCCAAGUUUCCAGCUUGUAACACCUCUUAAUGAAUAUUUGAUGUCAAGAGACAAGCGCAUUUGUGAGGAGUGGAGGCGAGAUCCUCUCUGUCACGAUACGGGGACAUUGGAAGGGAUCGCUGGAAUGAUGGAUCGGGCAUUGUGGUUGGAAAGCGAGCAGGCUGGGAAGAACUGCAAAUACAAGCUACCUAUCUGGGUAUGCCAUGGCUCAGCGGAUGAGAUUAACAGUUACGAGGCCAGCAAGCGUUUUGUAGAGAGAUUAGAGUCUGAUGAUAAGACAUUCAAAUCUUAUGAGGGUGCCUAUCAUAAGCUCCAUGGUGAGCCAGAUGGAGUCAAGGAGUCUCUGGCGAAAGACGUUGCUGAGUGGAUUUUCAAACGGUGUGAGGGUCCUGCGAGACCCAACGCGUCCAGGGCGAAAUUAUAAGGGGAAGCAGGGUUUCCCAGAGUAGGGAAUGAACAUUUGCCAGGGAUUGUCUCUCAUGUAGUAUAUUUCCAUCGCUCACCUGCAAUGUAUGAUCUUUCGGGCGAACCUAAUCUAUAUUAAUCUAUAUAUCAUUGAGAUCAACCGAGCUCUACCUAGGCUUUCUUUUUCCUCCAUAUCCCUACAAAUCCGCCACCUGCAAUCCUCGCCCCCACUUGGGGUCUGCAGACAAGUACCUCAUCUCCAUUCGUCUUCUCUCUCUUUGACAGACUGGUGGAAUCCUCUGCUUCCGUAUCAGUAGCACCCUCAGACGUCUCAUCGGACAUUUCUUCUGCAAUGGCUUCUUGACUUAGAGUGUCAUUGGAACUCCGUUUCGUCGCCAUCCGGAGCUCCCAGAGCCUCCCACUGCUAAUGCCAGUACCUAGCUCCACGACUUUUUCCUGAAUAAGCGGCAGUUUCUGUUUCGAAAUAAGAUCCACACAGUCCCCAAGCUGCGUUAUACUCGGCAUAAAAACAGCCAGGACCGCAUCAUCUCUCAUGGUCGGGGCGACAUGCGGGAUCCGCAGGUGUGCAGAGGGCAUGUCUAGAAUGACAUGAGACAAGAAAGGGUCCGGCGACCGUUCAUUCGUCGAACGACGUGUCACUUGCUCCUUGAUCCAUUUCUCAACGCUGGAAACGUAGAAGUCAACAUUUCCUACAUAGAUACCGCGGCGAAAUCCGCGGACGAUGUUCUCUGCAUGUUGGGAGUAGUGUGGGGAUAUUUCUACGGUGUGGACUAUGGCAUUACGUUGCGCACGCCAUCCAUCCCAUUCGCGUUGGAGCCCUUCAAUCUCAGCUUGAGCUUCGCG